GCUAAUAAAAUAUUAGUUAACAUUUGACAUUAGUGAAAACAAUUAAAUAUAGCGUAUACGAGAUCUAUGAUACCGACUUAUAUAUAGGUUAUAAAGUCUUGAAUGAUGAUGAAGGCGAUGCAGGAGCAGGCUGUGGCUGUAACCGCGGUCUUUUGGGACAUCAUGAAGUGUCCGGUUCCCCCUGGCUAUGAUGCUCGUCAGGUCGGUCCGUGUAUUAAACGGUGUAUAGAGAAUUUAGGCUACUCUGGUCCUAUCACCAUCUUUGCCGUUGGCGUACUAACAAACAUCCCUGAUGACGUCCUGCGAGCGGUCUCUUCCACUGGAAUCGUUCUUAAUCACGUCGGCCUCGAUAAGGACUUUAUGUCGCAAGUGGCUUGGUGGACCGUUAAGAAUCAACCUCCAGCUAAUCUAAUGGUCAUAUCCGAUCUGAAACUACUGUCUAGAUAUCUUGGCACGCUACAAUUUGAGCUAGGAUUCAACGUUCUUAUGCCGUUUCCAUCUGGAGCCGUUCACAGUGAUGUCAAGUGCCUCUUGAAAUGCUUUCUUCCGGAAGGUGCAGAUUCAGGGGCACUUGAGGAGGAUAAGUGCCCUGAGACGGGUGAAUCUGCAGCCUCCUGGUUUUGCAAUGUAUGCCUCAGCAAACGGGGCGCUCUUGCUGGCCAAGGCUUUGAAAAUCUCACCACGCAUCUCUCUAGUCAAGAACAUGCACAGCGGGUUCAGGGCCGGUUGCCUCGUAAGAUUCGGCUUCUACCCGUACCACCUGAGGAGGCCGAAUUUGAGGCUGUCUUUGAUUGUCCUCCUUGGUGUAAUUCUACUACCGCGGUGGUGGCGGACACAUUCCCUCCCCAGAAAGUUCGGUUUCUAGGCUUAUCACAUCUGCUUCCUGAGGAUGGCCAGGAUCGUCUUGCAGACGCAGCUGAUACCCCCCUUUAUUCCCAUCCGGGGAAUGCUACUCCUACCAUGGAACAAGCGGGGAGGAGAUUGAAGCUGAACUGGCUCCUCCCCUUGAUUCUCACCCGGGGAAUUCUACUACCAUGAGUCAUUGCCAUGAAUGGAAACAUCGGAGGAAAGGUUCCGAUUGGGGAAUGUAAGGCGACUGUAUACAUGUCCGGUUACUUACCAGGAGCUGCGCCGGAGAAAUCCCCAAUUCUCUCUCCUGUUCCUGUGCGUUUACCGGCGGCUGUCCACGGGGGAGAUUCGUGGAAAGAUGUAUGUGGCGGCGGUUGUGGAUUCGCUAUGGCUAUUUCAGAGAAGGGGAAGCUUAUAACUUGGGGAUCUACUGAUGAUGAAGGACAGAGCUAUGUGGCUUCUGGAAAGCAUGGGGAAACUCCAGAGCUGUUUCCUCUUCCCACGGAGGCUCCAGUCGUUCAGGCUUCUGCAGGAUGGGCACAUUGUGCUGUUGUAACAGAGGCUGGUGAAGCAUUUACGUGGGGUUGGAAGGAGUGCAUUCCAUCAAAGGAUCCUGUUGGAAAGCAGCAGAGUGGCUCAAGUGAGCAAGUGAGUCAACCAUCACAAGGAUCAAAUGCAGCUAGUGGUAUGACACUACCGAAUGAGAACCGAAAGGUGGGGGAGGUAUCAGUCAAGCGGAGACGGGUUUCAACUGCCAAAGAUGAAACCGAAGGCCAUACAUCUGGAGGCGACUUCUUUGCUACAACACCUUCACUUGUGAGUGUUGGCCUUGGAGUGAGGAUCACCAGUGUUGCUACUGGUGGUCGGCAUACUCUGGCAUUGUCAGAUAUAGGACAGAUUUGGGGUUGGGGAUAUGGAGGCGAAGGUCAACUAGGAUUGGGUUCCCGGAUUAAAAUGGUGUCGUCUCCUCAUUUAAUACCUUGCCUUGAAUCAAUUGGAUCCGGAAAAGAAAGAUCUUUCAUAUUACAUCAAGGAGGAACAACAACCACGUCUACUCAAGUUUCAAGAGAACCUGGUCGGUUCAUCAAGGCCAUUUCUUGUGGAGGUCGUCAUAGCGCGGCAAUUACAGAUGCUGGAGGGUUAAUAACUUUUGGCUGGGGACUCUAUGGACAGUGUGGCCACGGAAACACAAAUGACCAGUUAAGGCCCAUGGCUGUGUCAUCAGUGAAGAGUGUUCGGAUGGAAAGCGUAGCAGCUGGAUUGUGGCACACUCUUUGCAUCUCUAGUGAUGGUAAAGUGUAUGCCUUUGGUGGAAACCAAUUUGGGCAACUGGGAACUGGCACUGAUCAUGCUGAGAUAUUACCGAGGUUGCUAGAUGGCCAGAAUUUGGAGGGCAAAUAUGCGAAAGCAGUUAGUUGUGGCGCGCGGCAUAGCGCUGUUUUGGCAGUUGUUUUAACGAGAAGAAACUAAAGAGCCCUAGCUUGUGAGAUGCUGCAACCUGUCUUCAGAAGAUGGUCAGUUGCUAUGCUGGGGAUGGAACAAAUAUGGACAGCUGGGUUUAGGGGACACGAAUGACCGGAGCAUUCCUACACAAGUCCAGCUCGAUGGCUGCAGACUGAGAAAAGUGGCGUGUGGAUGGUGGCAUACAUUACUACUAGCAGAUUCACCCACUUGAGUUUUCCCAACCAAUCACCAAAUCCUCGAUAGACAUUUCUGGGUUUUUUUUAGCCUUACGAAAGAGAUUGCCUCUAGGUUUGACGCUGUACAUACAGACAGGCUUUUUGCUGUGUAUGUAUUUUCUUCUUCAAUCUUUCCCCGUCUUCAUGUUUUUUCUUAGGGAGAGAGCUUUGACUUUGUAGUUUGUAUUGUGUAACGUGGGGAAAUUGCGGAACAAAGAAUAAAACGGUUUGUUACGA